AUGGGGCAAAAGCUUGAUGAAACUAACACCAUUUCUUGCUUUGAUUUCCUUUCAUUUCAGUCUCUACAAAAAAUCAAUUCUUUCAAAGAGAAAUUCAAACACUAUUUUUCUUCUUUAUUUCGAAAAUCUCCUAAGUCUUCUACCAACCAUACUCAGGAUGAUGAUAAAGAUGAGGCCUCAAGAAAGAGCAGUAGCAGUUCUCAAGUUUCUGAAGAAUUGUAUGAACAGCAUUCUCCAACAACUUCCAAUUUCAAUGAUCAUUCUACUUUCAUUUCUCCUCAGUUGAAUCAAUUUUUUGACUCUUGCCUCCCUAAUAUAACAAAAGGCUGUCAGAGGGUCCUACUUUACAGUUCCAUCAAACAUGGCAUAUCACUUAGGACACUUCUUCGCAACAGUGCCAAACUUUCUGGUCCUGCUUUGCUGAUUGUUGGAGAUAGAGAAGGUGCUGUGUUUGGUGGGCUGGUAGAUUGCCCCUUGCAACCUACUUUCAAGAGAAAAUAUCAAGGGACAAAUCAAACUUUUGUAUUUACAACUAUGUAUGGUCAACCAAGGCUUUUUCGACCUACUGGUGUGAACAGGUAUUAUUACUUAUGUUUGAAUGAUUUAGUUGCAUUUGGUGGUGGUGGAAGUUGUGCUUUAUGCUUGGAUGGAGAUUUGUUAACUGGAAGCAGUAGACCAUGUGAUACAUUUGGAAACAUGUGUUUGGCUCACACAUCAGAAUUUCAAUUGAAGAACGUUGAGUUGUGGGGUUUCAGAUAUACUUCUCCUUACCUUAAUCAGUGAGAUAUUAAAGAACAAAUUGCAAUCACAAGAUCAUUGUUUAAUGGUUGGAUGGGUUUACUUUUAAUUAGACCUUACAAAUGUCAAUAUAAAUCCUUUGUGUGGAUUGAAGUUAAACUACCAAA